UGAUUCACCUUCUCUGUAAUUGUAUAUAUUUUGCAUCUAUUCACAUAUUUCUUGGCCCAUAGCGAUUGUGGUGCUUAGUUUUUGCAAUUAGGCUGUAAUAGUUUUCGCACUUAGUAAACUACAAAAAUUUCUUUCAUGAUCACGUAUAUUGAUGAUUCAUGGCUUGAGUUCUAGUCAAGGUUGUUUAACUUGCAUUUUUAAUAUAGAAUAUGUGAGGAGUGUCUAAACUUUAAUUGUAAAAUCAAGUACUGGAACUGUAAGAUUUUAGCAACCAUAUAAUAUAGGGUAAUUUACUAGGACGUACCUAAGGUUUGACCAAACCUACAAACUCGUCCCUCACUAAACUUUGUGUAAUAACUUAGUCCCUAACUUUCAUUUCCGUCUAACAAAAUGGGCCUUCCAUGAAAAAAAAAAAUCUUACUGUGAGUUGACCAUUGGCCAAUGAAUAUGUAAUUUUUAUUGGCGAAAAUAUCCUCCAGAAACUUCGUCUCUAAUAUUGCCUACCCCGUUUGCUAAACCCUACUGCAAAGCCCUGCACUUGGCGAGCUCAGUUACAGUAUUCACACGCAUAUCAACCACCACCACUGGCAGCAAUGGCGCGGAGACUAUGUCUCCACACCCUAACCCGUCAAGCCAUAGCUCUCCCCUCUUCAAACCCUACCACACUGCAUCACCCUUUCACAGUUGUAUCUCCUUUCACCAAUCUUAAUUCUGUCAGAGCUCUCCUCAUCUCCAGAUCCUUUCACAUUUUUAUCAAUGCUGACUCCACAUGGUGUAUCAUCUGGUCUCACCACCGUUCUCGCUAUUUGUCGUCAGAUUCUCGUGAUACAAGCGAAAACGAUGAGGAAGAUGAAGAGACAGAGGAAGAGGAGAGCGAUGGAGAAGGGGACAUGAGUUCUAAUUUGAAGAGAGAGUAUUCGGCGGAGGAGAGGGAAGCGGAGGCUGCCGCAAUUGCUUUAGUUGUGUCACCUUCAACUUUUUCAUUCUACUCCUCGAUAGAUUUUACAUUCUCCAAGGAAUCUUUUGGAAAAGGAUUGAUCAUUGCCAGGUGAACUGCUGAAAGAAGAUGUAAUUGGUGUAUAUGGCUUUUUUUGUUGUUUGGUUUCUAGAUCCAUGUUUGCUAUUCCAUUUAUGUAAGAAGUGGCUCAGAAAUUUCCACAGUUGAAGUGCUUGUAUCAGUCUCCACUUUCCUUUUUUCCUUUUUCUUCAAUGAAACGGAGUCAUCAAUUUGCUGCUGAAGACUUGACCGCAUAUUACCAUCUUCAUCUCGUCUAUCAGUGUUAAUUGAUUCCUCCUUGGCUUUUCAUUUCUUUGACAUCAAGUUGAACCCUUGAAAUGAAGCAUCAAUGGACUGCUGUCUCGCAUCUUACUUUUCUGCUUUGCUUUUAACGAGUAUGCGUGAAUGAUACUUUUUUUUUUAAUUAAA